GAAGGAGAAAGGGCGCCCUUUCCCUACAGUAGAUCCAACACUCGGCGCCGGCGAAAAUCCACAUUGAGGACGGUAGCAGGCGGAGAGCUGGAAAAUGGCAGGGCAGGCGGCCAAGAAGGCAAGCAAGAAGGCUCAGGAAGCCAUGCAGAUCUACCUCUACGUCAUCAUUGGCGUGCAGGUGAGUUGGACAAGCACGGAAACAGCACAUGCACCUGUGCUCAUUUGUUUGUUUGUGUGUCCAUUGAUUGACUUGACACGUGGUGUGUGGGUGUGUGCAGAUACCGUAUGUGCUGGUCCGUUUCCUUUGGCAGUUUCGCUCGGUCACCCACUACACGUGUCUGGGGUACGUGUUCCUCGCCAUCGUCUACUACUUCACCUACACAGGCAUGGCCGAGCGGAUAACCAUGAGCCUCGACUACUCGUGAGCCACACGCACACACGGACACACAAGGUCACCACCACACGCCGAAGCUGUCAUUUGCUCUGAGCUGUCUGUGUCCGCUCGCAGGUACUUUCAGGAUGUGUUUAUCGUGAAUGCGGUUGUGCAGCUGCUGACGACCUUCAGCGACUGGUUCUGGCUCGUCUACCUGGUGGUGCCGGGGUACGCCAUCUGGCGGUUAGCCUCCUCCAUCCUGCAAUGGGUCUUCACGCCAGAACCGGUGAGCCGACGAGCGACCGAGGAGAGGGAGGCAGGCGAUGAGCUGCGUGUGGUGUGUGUGUGUGUGUGUGUGUGCAGGACACUGGCGAGGAGGACGAGAAGACGAGAAAGAAGCGGGAAAAGGCAAAUCGGCCGCGGUUUAAGCUCAUGAAGCGGUGACAUGACUGGCUCGUGUAGACGAGAGACGAGAGAGCGUUUUGCCGCUUUUGGAUGUCGGAUGUCAUGCGUGGCUGGGGUCAUGUCAUGGCUGUAUAUCAGGCCGUCUGAGUGUGAGUGUGUGAGGUGUCAUGUUGUGUGUACCGUUUAUACGUGACGUGACACCUUCCUGCCUGUGGAUUUAUGUCCAUCCCAUCGACCCCUCUGCCAUUCGCCCAUUCAUCG